AUGGCCUUUUAUCUAUUCACAACACGUGUUACAAUUGUACGGUACGGCCUGAAAAGUCGGGUGUCACAGCCACCGCCGCCACCAUCGUCGCUGCCACCUCCGAUCACCGCCGCCGUCGCCACCCACCUCCGCCACCGCUAUCAACCGCCACCACCACUGUCGGUACCACCUGCGACCACCGUCGCCGCCGCUACCACUUCUGACCACCGCCGCCACCCACCUCCAUCGUCACCCACCUCCAUCGUCACCCACCACCACCACCGCUGUCACCACCCGCCGCCGUCUCCAACCCCCACCACCGUCGCAGCUAACUGCCAACUAUCACCACCCACCAUCACCACCCAUCACUGA